UUCAUUGUUCUAGCAUUCCCUCUUUGUUGUUGCUGCUGCUGCUAUUGCUGCUGUAGCCGCUGCUCCCAAGCCAGGCCAGUGCUUGACUCAGCCAGACUUCGUCACUAGGUCACUCUUCUUCGUCACUCAUUUACUCACUCCUCCACCAUGACGGCGCAGGCCGCAGAAGAUUUGGCCACCGAGCUGGAGCAGCAGAAGAUUCACUCAGAUGAGCCCACUAUUGAGGACGCGAAGGACGAUGAUGAUGACGACGACGACGACGAGGAUGAGGAUGAUGUCCUUGAUGGAGCUGACGGCCAAGGUGAAGGUGAAGAUGGUUCAGGUGCGGGUGGAAAGUCCAAGCAGAGCCGUGGUGAGAAGAAAAGCAGGAAGGCCAUGCAAAAGCUUGGCAUGAAGCCCGUGACCGAUGUCACCCGAGUUACCAUCAAGAAGAGCAAAAAUAUCCUCUUCGUGAUCUCCGCUCCUGAUGUGUUCAAGAGCCCUGCAUCAGACACGUACAUUAUCUUUGGCGAAGCCAAGAUUGAGGACUUGAGUUCUCAACUACAGAGUCAAGCUGCUGAGCAGUUCAAGGUACCAGAAGCUGCCAAUGUGGAGGCUAAGGCUGCUCCCUCUGCUGCUGUUGAAGCUGAAGAUGAGGGAGACGUUGAUGAAACAGGCGUAGAGCCCAAGGAUAUUGAGUUGGUCAUGACUCAAGCCGGAGUUUCACGUGCCAAAGCUGUUAAAGCCCUAAAGACAACUGGUGGGGAUAUUGUUAGUGCCAUCAUGGAUCUCACAGGUUAGGGCAGUGAAACCAAUCCUGAGCUUUGCAGUAAGAAACAGAGUGUGCACCGUUUUUUGCUCCCCCACGUGGUUCCGGAAGUUCCGUGCUGGGUGACAUGUUGGUGUUCAUAGUUGAAACUAAAAUGAUUUUUUCUUUUUUUAGUUUGAACAUCUUACUGUGCCAUUGUCAUUUAAUGACUCCUCUAUUAACCGCUCGCGUAUCCCGUAUUUCCCGCUCA